AUGCCGAGUCGCUCCCAGAGCGCUGUAAUUCGUCCUUCUGUUGGUUUUAUAUUCGUUGAAAAAGAUUCCUCGAAGCGGUGUACUGUCAAUGUGGUGUACGAUAUAAGAGAAGGAGAUUCCAAUGAUUCUUUAAACAUUGCCCGAAGUGCAGCGUGCAAACGCAGAACCCGGUGCCCCGAGUUUUCCCCAACGAGCCCCGUCCUUUUCUCGUCUGCCCCGCACUCCGCGGUUCCGGGCGGGCAGCUCCGCUCUCGGGAGGUCCCCGACAGCCGGGGAUGGGGACAGCGUGCAUUGUUUACCCAGAACGAACACUUCGCCUCGAAGUUUUCCUUAUCUGGGGGCUUUGUCUUGCGCACAAAACCCCACGUUGACACCGAGGGCAGGGGCGGGAAGAGCGGCCUCGGGCCGAGCGCUCCCGCUGCGGGGCCGGAUGGGCAAGAGGAGAGCGCGACUGGGAAGGGCCGGGGCCGGCGGGACCCGAGAGGAGCGGCCCCGGGGGAGACGUGCAGGGCCGAAGAGGGUGAAAGCGGGGUCGGGGUGCGGGGGCUGCCCGGAGGCCCCGGUGCUAACGGCUGUGCUCUCCCUUUGCCACCCGUAGGGGAGAAGCCGUUCAAAUGUGAAUUCGAGGGCUGCGACAGACGCUUCGCCAACAGCAGCGACAGGAAGAAGCACUCUCACGUCCACACCAGCGACAAGCCCUACAACUGCAAAGUGAGAGGCUGCGACAAGUCCUACACCCACCCCAGCUCCCUGAGAAAACACAUGAAAGUGCACUGCAAAUCCCCUCCUCCCAGCUCCGGCUACGAGUCCUCCACGCCCUCCUUGGUGUCCCCCUCCUCGGACUCCGGCCGGGAUCCCCCCUUUUGUUUUGGGCAGAGGGAGUUUCAAAUGUUUGAUCUGAAUAACACUGACAUAUUUCAUGAGCAUUGCCAUCCAUGGACUCCGUGCGCUCGCAGAUACGGGGAGCUGCAAGUUCUGAAUCUCGGGAGGGAAAAAAGAGAAGAACCCCCGGUAUUGUUUCGGCCUGUACGGUUUGAGAUGUCAUUUGCAGAUCUGUGA